GGGUGCACCACGCCCUGCUCUACAGCCUGUGCUAACCAACACUGCGACCCGUUGUCAGGGAAAUGUAACGAGGGCUGCGUCGAUGGUUACAGGGGGGACAACUGUGAUAUGACGUGCAGUGAUGGUUUCUACGGACCCCAGUGUGGGUACCUCUGCUCAGUCAAGUGUGAGAACCGCGAGUGUAAUCACGUGACAGGGGCCUGUACUCGAGGCUGCACGCCUGGGUUUAAGGGGGAUAACUGCGAAACUAACUGUGAUCGAGGCUUUUACGGAGUAAACUGUAGCUCCGCCUGUUCAAGUAACUGCACUAAUAGUGCAUGUCAUCACGUAUCGGCCAUCUGUCUGGAGGGGUGUGUUCCUGGGUACGUGGGGAGCAGGUGUGAUAGAGAAUGUUCUAAAGGCACCCACGGUCCGGGCUGUCAGUCCUACUGCUCCAAGAACUGUCUCAACAGGGCGUGCCAUCACGUGACGGGAAACUGUCUCGAAGGGUGUGUCUCCGGUCUAUUUGGUGACAGGUGUGAAAAAGGUUGCAAGAUCGGCUUCUACGGGGCGGGCUGUAACAUCCGGUGCCCUCCGAACUGUGUCAACGCCACGUGCGACUACAUCACUGGCAAGUGCCCGUACGGCUGCGCAUCCGGUUACCAAGGCGACGUAUGUGACCAGGAGUGUGUCAUAGGUCUAUACGGUGCCAACUGUGCCCAGGCCUGCUCAUCCAGGUGUACUGAAGGCCUCUGCCACUCCGUUACCGGAUACUGCAAGCGAGGCUGUAUCAUUGGUUACCAAGGAGACCAGUGCGAAGAAGACUGCAGCAUUGGUACCUACGGCCUGGGCUGCAAACAAAAGUGCUCCCCUAAGUGUGUGGGCCUUGUAUGUCACGCCGAGACGGGCCACUGCCUCAAGGGUUGUGCCGACAACUUCUGGGGUGUUGACUGUAGUCUAGCCGGUGAUUUCAACGAAAAUCCUGAAAGCGAAAAGCAGAAAUUUUAUAACGAGCUAUCGGCGGAGAGUCGCAGUAUACUGUUGUACACGCUAAUGAACCAGUACGAGGAGACACUAGAGCGAGCCCAGAUGGAGAUCAAGCGAGGACGUCGACAGAGGAAUGAACUGAAGGAAUUGCUGGGGGGAAAACCUUGACGACUUUAGUUGUUUCACGUGAAGGAGAGUGCUGUGAUAAGAA